AUGCGCCACAUAAAUCUCCCGGUGAGUGUAGCCCCUUCUCCGCGCGUCCCCUCCCAUCGUCGCACACCCCCUACUCUCGUCGCGCCCCCCUCCCCUCGUCGCGCCUCCCCUCGUCGCGCCUUCCCUCCCUUCGUCGCGCCUUCCCUCCCUUCGUCGCGCCUUCCCUCCCUUCGUCGCGCCUUCCCUCCCUUCGUCGCGCCUUCCCUCCCUUCGUCGCGCCUUCCCUCCCUUCGUCGCGCCUCCCCUCCCCUCGUCGCCUCCCCUCCCCUCGUCGCGCCUCCCCUCCCCUCGUCGCGCCUUUUCUCCCCUCGUCGCGCCUCCCCUCCUCUCGUCCCUCCCACCAUAGUUCCGCGCCAUCAGCCGUCCACUGUCCGUCCCUUCCCUAAAUCCGUCCCUCCCCUUCCCAUCCCUUCCCCUCCAUGCCCGCCCUUGCGUUACCAUUCCCCCCUUCCCCUGACAUUCCCAUCCCUUCCCGUCCCUUUCCUUUCCUUCCCUUUCCUUCCGUUUCCUUCCCUUCUAUUCCAUUCACACCCCCUCCUCACCCGCCCCACUCCCCCCUGCCCACCCUAA